CAUUUACGAGUAAAUCUUUCGUCAUCGCGGGUUUUCGACUCUUGUUUUAAUUUCGUGAUCUUGAAAUUGAAGCUCAUGGAAGGGCCUCGUGGCUACGAUUUCCAGCCAAAGUACACCGAGGAAGAACUGAUGGUUCGUCGACGAGCCCGAGCGGCCGCCGCAGCAGCUGCUCCACCGGUGCAGCCGCCACCCGGACCUGACCCCGUACCAGCUCCGAAUAGAAUGGGCAACAACGACUGGUGUGAGUGUGGGAGCUGUGUGCCCAUGCCGUCAGUGAUUCAGUGUCGCUGUUGCCAUGAAGUGGACAACUGUGAUCGGUUUCUAGAUGCAAGGAUAACUUGCAUUGUGAGACACGAGGACUUUCAGAAAGUAUGCAUGGAGAGGGUGGUUUUGCGGACAGCCCUUGUCGCCAGACUUGAUUCAAGAGGGCAUCGAAGGAACUUGCCUGAAGUGCUUGAUAACAUUUCCUACAGAUACGCAGCCUACAGGCUAUUUACCUACUGGGUCCAUGGCUACCUGGGAAAGGGCGUCCGUCGGGUGAUUCCUGCCUGUGCUGUCACACGGAUCCGCGAGGCUUUCCCUGAACCAGAUGGAAAUUACAUCGGAUUCAAGGAGGGAGAUGAUGGAGAUGAUAUUCCUGUCCCUGAAGAAUUUCUGAUUUGAAAAAGUGGAUGGACUCGUAUACGUACAGUAGCAUGAUAUUCUCUUACCGUAGCAUGAUUUUUUUUUUCCUUUAUCGAUGCAAUGA